AUGCAUCUAUCCACGUGUCGUGGGGGCAACGCCACGUUGACACUGUUGAUAGCAACAUUCGUCCAACAAAGCAUUAGACUGUGCGAGCUGCGAAGAACAAAACCAAACACUAAACAGAACAAUACUCAACAGAACCCCAACAAGCCGAGCGAGUCAAGCAGUGCUCCGCGACCUAAUGUGCACCGGCCCAACAAUGGAGGCCUUGGCCUCUGCUUUGACCCUCGGCUCUCGCCUAUCGAGUCCUUCAGUGGAACGUCUUUGCGGCCUGGAUGCUUGGAUGCCCAGCAAAAGGCUGUCGAGUCGAGUCUGCGCUUGACAGUUCGGGGUCAACCGGUCAAGGCAAGGACCGUCAGGGGAGAAUAUACGGAGUAG